AUGGAUCCAAAACAUCUUAUUUUUGUCAAAAUAGUUUGUUAUCUACUGGCUGCAUGCUCCAUCAACAUCACUCUUAGCCAAGAAAUAUGCACAGCCCCAAUCACUGUGGAUUUUCCGGAAAACAACACUAUUGGUGAUGAAGUAACUCCAAUAUACACUGAGCCUGGAGUGAGCCUAGAAAUCACAGAAAACCCUGAGGGCGCCUUCGGCAUCAAUGGCACUUUGCUUGUGGCACUCAAAGUCCUGGACUUUGAGACUCUGCCUGAUGGAGGUGGUCUGCGUGUUAGCAUAAAGUGCAGCAAAGAGGGGAUCACGAAACACGUGAUUGUGAUCGUGCAAAACAUCAACGACAACCCUCCAGUGUUUUCACAGGACCUGUACAACCUGAAAGUCAAUGAGCUAUCUCCAGAUGGUACACCAGUUGAUAAAAUUGAGGCGACAGACCUCGAUAAACAACGACUUUACUACGUGCUUGAGUCUCCUAUGGGAGAAUUUGGGCUGCAGUCAGUAUUGAACCCAGAAAUUGUGGUAAGGAGGCAUCUAGAUUAUGACACCCUUUCAGAAGUUACUCUACAGCUCUUUGCUCAGGACACACCAUUAUUUUCAUCAGAGACCCCAUCUCAUACGGCCACUACCACUGUCAUCAUUGAAAUCGUAGACAUUAAUAACCGACCGCCAUGGUUUCAGCCUUGCACAGAGACCAUUGUUGGCUUGGCCAAAGUCUGCAUCAGCUCUGGAUACACAGGGAUUGUUAGCAAGGAAACGACGGGUGCUCUGACCUUGGAGCCUGGACCACUUUAUUCCAUUGAUGGAGACAAAGGAAUAAAUGAUCCAAUUGGAUACAAAAUUGUUGGAGGAAAUGACAAUGAUAUAUUCAGUAUUAAUGCAAACAGUGGGAAUAUUACAAUGCAAAAGCCAGUGGAUGUAGCAGGACCCAUCAUACUAACAGUCUUGGCAUAUGAGACCAAUACCCCAGACCAGUUUGCCACGACAACAGUCACAUUUCAAGUGGUGAACAUGAGUGAAAACCCACCACAGUUUGUCAAACCCAGUUAUGAGGGUUUUAUCUCAGAAGAUGCAGGAGUGGGCAGUCUGGUGCUGGAAAGAAAGUCCAGCAACAAACCUCUGCAGGUUCAGGCCACAGAUGCAGACUUCUUUGAUGGAAUAAAUCCUUAUCUUAAAUUUGACAUAACAGAAGGCAAUGAAUUUAAAAUCACUGCAGAAGGCUUCAUACUGAUGACAAGAAUAGUUACUCCUGGCACUGUUAAAUUACAAAUGCGUGUAGUUGAUACAACUAAUGGUGAAUCAGACACAGCCUCUCUUGCUGUAGAAGUCAUUCCAGGGAUUCCCACCACUAUGGACAUGUCCACCACAAUCUUAAGCACCAGUGUACCAGUGACUACAGACAUAUCAACAAGUACUGCUAUCACUACAGAUACGAUUACAGAUUCUUCUAUAACAACUGACAUGACAGAAAGCACCUUCAAUCCAGAAACCGUUACUACAGUCCCUUACACUACUCCCAGUCCUUACACAGAAUUGCUAAUACCGUCAGGUAAAUUCAAGACAGAGGACAUGAUUGCUCUGGGUGUAAGUCUAGCUGUAGCACUGCUCCUUUGUUUUGUCAUCAUUGGUUUGCUGGCCUUUAAGGUCAAACAAUACAGAUCAAACUGGAGGAAACUAUCUGAGGCCAGCAUAUUUCAGAGUGCGCUGAGUGGAAGAUCAGGAGGACCUAAAGAUGGAGUACACUACACUAAUGGAGGCUUCCAGAAUGAUGAAGACACAGACAGCAUCAGUUCAAAGCAGGAAGCAAAGCCAGCAGGUCUUGAGUUAAGCCAAGUUCAGGAGAUACAGGACACCCAAAGCAGUGCCCCAGCCUCACAGAACAAGAGCAAUGAUGAUGAUGCCUUGAGUGACUCCAGCAGCCAGAAUGCCUCAGACAACACAGACAGUGAGAAAGAAGUGAAGCCCAUACUUACUAAGGAACGGAGAACAGAGGAAGGCUACAAAGCUGUGUGGUUCAAAGAAGACAUUGAUCCCAAUGACAAGGAGGAAGUGGUUAUUCCUGAAAGUGAAGAGCAGGAAAUUGGCAAUGAGGAUGAUGCUGAUGAUGAUGAUGAGAAUGAUAAAGAAGAUGAUGAUGAAGAUGAUUAUGAAGAAGAAGAGGAAGAAUCUAACAUUGCAGCGUUAUAG